AUGAAGCUGUUCAUUUUCACCGUCGUCCUGGCCGUGGCCGCCGCCGCCCCGUCGGAGCUCUCCUACGAAGAGGACAUCGUCGAAAUUCUCCGACAGAACAUCGACCACAACGACGACCACUCCUACCAACACUCUUUUGAGAGCGAGAACGGCAUCUCUGUGUCGGAGUCUGGCCAGCCGGAGGAUGACGACAGCUACAGCGUGUCGGGCCAGUUCAGCUACACGGCCCCCGACGGCGUCACCUACACGGUGGUGUACUCGGCCGGCGAGCAGGGCUUCCAGGCGCAGGGCGACCACCUGCCCACCCCGGUGCCCACCCAGUACCCCACGCCGGAGGUGGCCGACGACGAGGAAGAGGAGGGAGAGCAGGAGGAGGAGGAGGAGGGAGAGGAGGAGAGUGCUGCUGCUGGGGAGCCCGUCUACGAGAGGGUCAUCGUCGGCUACAGGCCACGGUACAACUAGACUAUCAAAUGUUCAUAUUCCUUUCACGGGUACUGCGCGUCAUAUG